UCUUUUCCUCCGCGUGCGCAAGCCGCUGCACAGUGGAGUGGCAGUUCCGAGCAGAGUGCCCUUGCUGCGCGCGAGGAGUUCACACCGGAGAUCAAGGACACCGGCUUACGCGCGUGCACGCCACUCUUCACCUUGAGGCGCGUGACCGACGCUCGGUGCCCUCAUCCUGCCGAGUCUCGCAGCUUCACCAGCUCGCGCGCACACCGGCAGUUUCAUUCGCUGCGCUGCACAGCACAGACCUCGCGAGAAGCGUCGUGCGCGCGCGUGCGUCAAAGGGAUCGCGAGCUCUCGCAUGAUGUACACGAUCACCCGCGGCCCGAGCAAACUCGUCACACAGCGCAGGACAGGUCCCACACAGCAGCAGAUUGACAGCAAAGCCACCGACCUGAAGCACAAGCGGAGUCACUGGCUCGAGGCAAACUCGCCGGCCCCAAAAAUUGUAUUUCAGCGCCUCAACUCGAAGCGCUUUCUCAGAUCCACCUCGCCAAAGGAGGAAGACACGGCUGAAGGUUUCACACCGGCACACGAGGAGAACGUGCGAUUCGUCUACGAAGCAUGGCAGGAGGUGGAGCAGAAACUUGAAGGAGCUCAGCCGGAGAGCGGGAAAGGCCCGGUGCAGUACGCCGAGAGGAACCCCAACCCCAGCAUGAAGAACUUUGUGCCGAUUGACCUAGAGGAGUGGUGGGCGCAGCGCUUCCUGGCCACCAUCGCUAACCCGUCAUGACAGGUGUAGAACUGGGGAGCAGCAAGGGAUCAUGGGAGCUGGACUGGGUUCUGGAGGAUGUCAGGGUCCAGGCUGCUGCUCUCCAUGAGCCCAAGGGAUCUGUUCAGAGUCCAAGAUGCCAGACUGCACUACAAACACACAAUUAGACAGAUGUGAGACUACACUAAGCUGAAAUGCAAAUUUUUUUUUUUCCCCUCAUGGCUGGUCUUUGCAUAAAAAAAAAUAUGAAAAACUAUUAAAAAAAACCCAGUAAAUUGUA